GCGGGCGGCCAUGUUGGAGCGGCGGUCGCAGCGCAACGGCGGGUGCGGGUCUGGCGGCGGCCGGUGUCAAGGGUUGUUUUUCCAGUAAUUUGGACCUUUUUGAAGUGCCCGCUUGCCUAAUGCCAUGAAUAUUGCAGUGAAAAAUGCGGAAGAGAAAGCUGUCCAUUCCUGGUCCAGAAUUUCCUCUGCAGGACAGAAAGUGCUGGAGGAAGCCCUGCGAGUCUUCAACCCCAUGUCCAAGGACCUUUCGGACACAGAGACCCAGCUGGUGGCCUUCAUCCAGGGCCUGAAGGAGGAGGGCUACCAGCCCACAAUUCUGAGAAGCAAGGAUGUGUACGGGUACAGCUCGUGCACGGCAGACACGCCGAGCCAGAGGGAACAGAGCACCCCGCAGCGCUGCGCCGGUGCCGAGGCCGCUCGGAGCACAGCAGCCGUGGCCAAGGGGGACCCUUCACCCACCAGCCUUUCGGGGAACUCUCCGAAAGUCCCCACUCAGCCUGUCUCCAUAGGGGAUUCCACAAAUCUCCUCUUGAGCUCCUUGAAGCAGACAAGGUCCGGCACAUCCAAGGCUGCGGCAGUGGGCUUCCCUGCGGGCAUGUAUCCUGACGUGUACCCAGCCAUGAGACUGUCGGUGGUCCUGGAUGCUCUGGUGCCACUGAAAACAACCACGUCCUGUUUGGAGUCCAAGUACACACGAGGGCGUCUUGGGAUCUCAGCCUCGGACCUUAAACUCCUCAAGGCUUCCAGUCCACCCAGGCAGUUUUCUUCACGCAAGACCACUAAAAUAACAGAAGGUAAGGGGUACAAGCAUUUGAUAAAGACAGCACCGGAUCCUGCCACCCUAGCUUUAAACCUUCUGAAGAGACCAAAGGGUGGGGUGCUGCGGGAGAGCAAUGCCUGCAAAGCCUCAGGAGUCCUCAACGGGAGAGUCACAGGCAGCUCCUCUCAGGGCUGUGCCACAGCUCCACAGUCCAAGACCUUGAAAAUUAUAGAUAAGGCACCUCUGGUGGGAAAAACGGAGUGGAAAGGCAGCAACACUUACCGGGAGAGUACUGGGCAGAAGAGGAGAGGAGCUACAGAGGUAAGAGAAGCACCACAGAGGAAGAAAGCAAAUACCAUUCCUGCCCGAAACAAAUCUCAACAGGCUCAGAGCACUUUGAACCUGCUGAAAUUCCGGGCCAUCAAGGUGGGCAGCUCUUCUUCUGACGAUGAAGUGAGGAGGAGAGCACAGAAGAUUCUUAGAGUCAACCUGUCCCCUGUGAUCCGAAUUCAGCCCUUGUCCCACUCUCACAACGUUCCCUGAGUUUUUUCACUUUGUCACUUUUUUUUUUGGUAAGUAAGUAAAAUCCAAGCUUGGCACCAGAGCACAGAGAACUUCGGGAGCGACUCUGCAUCUCUGGUGCCUGGUGACAGUAAGUCGACCAACCUGCAGACAGAGCAGCCUGCUCUGCCUGUCUGCCACUGCUGUGCAGAACUGACUGCAGAAACACAAAACCCUCUUGGGGGAGGAGGGA